AAGUCGUCAUGGCGGGGUAUUGGGAAAAGUUUUCAACUAGCAAUAAUCGCGCCUCGGAUAAACCUCAUUGGCUACGAUACUGCCACUGCGCAAAGCUGACCGCCCCCUCCGCGCCGCCGACGCGCCCCGAAGCCGCACCGCCGCCUACGUCACAGCGCGCCGGCGCGCUCCCACGCGCCCCUCACCUCCGGCCCCGCGCGCCCCCCGCCGCUGCCGCGCCGCGCUCGGAGCGCCGCUGUGUGCGGGGAGGAGCGCGGCGGAGCGGAGCGGCGGCGGAGUUGGAGCGCGGGGUGUGCCGGGAGCCCGCUAUGCUCAACAUGUUCCCUGCCAGGAGGCUCCCAGGAGGCUGCAGAGCCAUCAGACCGCACCACCUCCGGCACCACUCUGUCCCCAGCGCGUCCCCAAACCUGGCUUUUGUACCAGCCUGCCUCCCCCCGCAUCCCGCAGAAGUAGAAGAGAUGCAGCGUUUUAUUUCCAACUCCAAAAAGCUGUUUGUAAUGACCGGAGCUGGAAUCUCCACUGAGUCAGGGAUCCCUGAUUACCGCUCGGAAGGUGUGGGGCUCUAUGCCAGGUCAGACCGGCGGCCCAUCCAGCAUGCAGAGUUCGUCCGCAGUGCCACUGCCCGGCAGCGCUACUGGGCGAGGAACUUCGUGGGCUGGCCACAGUUCUCCUCCCACCAGCCAAACACGGCCCACCUGGUGCUGAGGCACUGGGAGAAGCUGGGGAAGCUGCACUGGCUGGUGACCCAGAACGUGGAUGCGCUUCACACCAAAGCUGGGAGCCAGCGCAUGACAGAACUGCACGGCUGCACGCACAGGGUUUUCUGCCUGACGUGUGGUGAUCAAACCUCACGCUCUGAGCUUCAGGAGCACUUUGAAGCUCUGAACCCUGGCUGGAAAGCUGAAGCCCUUGGUGUGGCUCCGGAUGGGGAUGCCUUCCUGACGGAUGAGCAGGUGCGCAAUUUCCAAGUCCCAGCUUGCAGGAAGUGCGGUGGAAUCCUGAAGCCUGACGUGACGUUCUUUGGAGACACAGUGAGCCGGGAGAAGGUGGAUUUUGUGCACCAACGCCUGGCAGAGUCAGACUCCAUGCUGGUGGCGGGAUCCUCUAUGCAGGUUUGCACUGGCUGCCCGGGAGAAGCAGCUGCCAAUCGCAGUCCUCAACAUUGGGCCCACGAGGUUAGAUCACUUUGCAUCCCUCAAGCUGAAUUCCCGCUGUGGAGAGCUGCUGCCUUUGAUAGUUGCACACUGAGCCAACGAGCUGAGCACCAGUGGCUAUCAGGAGUAAAAUUAUCUCGACAAGCCUUUCCUAUUAGGACAAGUCCCUGAGGUUUGGCUAAAGUUGCUGUGAGUACCUUAGAACAGAUCCUUCUGCCCCUCCUCUGAAAGUGGGGUAGGAGUUACUCAAAGCAAAUAGAAGCUGCUUCCUAUUUGGCAAUCCUUGCCUUCGGUUCUGCACGAACACUCAGAGCAAACUCUGUAAGAGUCCUGCAGCCUGAUGCAUUUCACAAACAGCGCUCCAGUGAAGGCAGCAUGGACUGCAGUUGGCCCGAGGGAUCCUGCCUUACAGUCAGAUUGCUCCUACCAACAAACCUGCUUAUUCAUGACUUCUCGGAAAGGACCAAAGACUCUGGGCAUGAUGAACUCAAAAGGUUCUGAAGCCUUGGAGCGAAAGGGGCAAAAUCCACCUUAUAGAGUGUACCUCUUCCCACACGACAGCCUUGGAUGUCACCCUUUCCUAUUCUUUGCAUCUGUGUGGAGAAAAAACAGGCAUUUCAAACCAGAGCCCAGUGACUGCUUUCCUUGGUCUAUUCACUCAAAACCUACAGCUUGGGCAGGACGGAUGGAGCCUUCUCACGUACCCUGUCCUGGGGUACCAGGUAAACAGCAGCAAUCCUGAGAGGACAGUUGGUGUUAGUGGGAAAGGAAUGAAGAGGGUCUCAGCCAAGCACCUGAAAUCAGCAUUUCUUAUCACAUCACCCUGAAUCCCCUACCCUGCCUCAGUGCAGAGGUUUCAAGAUCUAAAUUACCUUCACCUGAACAGCUGUGUUUUUAGAUUACAGAAAAAAAUUAUACAGGUGAAACAAUAAAUGUACGAUAGAGGACUUUGCCUCUU